GGUGGCGGUCACGCGCUCCAAGGACAUCCCCCUGUUCGGCCCGCUCUUCCCCCAGGGGGCGCGCUUCCCCAAGUCGCCGGCCUUCCGCGACUUCCUGCUGGCCAAGGCCGUCAACGCGGAGAAUGGGGCGGACAAGUCGGAGAAGUUCCGCUCCAUGGCCACCCGCACGCGCCAGGAGUACCUGAAGGACCUGGCGGAGAACUACGUCACCACCACCCCCAUCGACUCCUCCACCAAGUUCCCCCUGCUCUCCCUGGGCGGCAAGCGCAAGGAGAAGCUCAAGGGCUCCAAGGGCGCCGAGAUGCACAGCGCGGGGGCCCUGGUGUGGGCGGCGGGGGCCCGGCCGGGGGGCGGGGAGGGCGACUGGGUGCCCUGCCUGCUGGGCAUCUCGGCCGAGUCCGUGGUGCUGAUCGAGAGGGGCUCCCGGCAGGUGGUCUUCAACUGCUCCUGCCGCGACGUGAUUGGCUGGAGCGGCGGGCGGGGCGGAGCCGGGGGCGGGCCCGGGGGCGGGACCUGCCUGGAUAUCUUCUACGAGAGGGGGGAGGCGGUGUCCGUCAGCAUGCCGGAGAGCCAGGGGGAGGAGAUGAAGGAAGUGAUCCAGAGGCUAGAGCUGGUGACCCGGGGCUGCGAGGCGCAGGAGCUGACCCCCCUGCGGGACAGCGUGGGGCAGCUGGACUUCAGGCUGAGCGAGGACGGCUUCGUGACGGAGCUGCGGCCCUUCAGCUACGCGGAGAGCAGCGGGCUGCAGGUGGGGGCCCGCGUGGCCCGCCUCUGCGACCGGCUCCUGGUCUCCCUCCCGCCCCAGGAGAGGCUCCAGCUGCUGCGCGCCGCCACCAAGAUCCGGCUCACCGUCAUCCCGCCGGACGAGAACGGAAAACCGCGCAGGAGUUACUCAGAGCUCUACCUGAGGGCCAUCCAGGACACGGACCGCAAGGCGGAGGGCGUCCUGGGAGAGGCCUGGGUGCUGGGGGACGCCGAGAGAGAGGAGGGCGAUGGGGACGACGGGGUGGAGCCGGACGGCCCCGGAGAGGGACGAAGAGGAGGAGGAGGAGGAGGGCAGGACCUGGCGCCGCCCAGCCUGUCCCUGCACCGGGCCACGUCCCUGCAGGACAGCCCCCGCACAGGGCCCGCCGAGCUGCCCGGGAUGACCCGCAGCCUCUCCCUGGAGAAACACCCCCCUGGACAGCUGGACAGCUGCGACAGGCAUUUCUAUGACAACGUGGGCGUGCAAGCCGAGCCAGAGCAGGCCGCGGUCUACGAGAACAUCCCCGGGCUGCUGGACACCACCCCUGACCUCAUCCUGGCGGUCACACCCAAGACAGGGCUGGACGAGGACCAUGAGAAACAGUUCCUGGGGGUGGAGCACAGUGAAGACGCCCCGUCUGCCAGCAACGCCCCUCAGUCCCUCAGCCUGCUGGACUCCCUGGACAGCGUAGAACGCAGCCUCCGGACGCUGGACCUUAGGAACCCCAUCACUGAGAUUCAGUCCGAGACCACCGAGGAGGAGUGGCAGUACAUCUCUGACGUGGAGUCCACCUGCCGCAGCAUCCUGGAGACGCUGUCCCGAGAGGGUGGGCAGGGCAGGGGGGCCACGCCGGACUGCCCAGCCGGGCCUGGGCCGGGACCGGAACCGAUGGACUCCAAGACCAAGGAGGGCACAGAGAGGGGGCCCGGGGACGGGGCCCCGCCGCGGGGGCGCGCCCGCAGCCCGCUGGGCGAGUUCGUCUGUCAGCUGUGCCGGGAGCGCUACGCCGACCCGCUCUCCCUGGCCCAGCACGGCUGCUCCCGCAUCGUGCGGGUGGAGUACCGCUGCGCCGACUGCGACAAGGCCUUCAGCUGCCCGGCCAACCUGGCCUCCCACCGGCGCUGGCACAAGCCCAGGGGCGCCCCGGCGGAGGGCGGCGCUCUCCCCGCUGCGGGCCAGCCGGAGGAGAGACACCCCAGCCCGCCGCCGCCGCCGCGCUCCCAGAGCCGGCCGGACCUGUCGCCCCCGCCUCCGCCCCCGGAGGCCGGCCCGGAAGAGGAGCUCCUGUUCGACUGCCCGCAGUGCGGGAAGAAAUUCAGGAGGCAGGCCUACCUGCGCAAACACCUGGCGCUACACGCCAGGCAGGCGGCGGGCUUCCCGGACAAGCGAGCGGGGCCCAGCCCGGGGACCGGCAACGGCGAGUCCCCGGCCCCCGCCGCGGGAGAGCUCCACCCGUGUCGAUUCUGCGCCGAGACUUUCUUCUCCUGCCCCGGCUUGACGCGGCACCUCCACGCGUGCCACCCCACGCACCACACGGCGCGGGCCGCUGUCUGAGGCGACUCCCCUCCCCCCCGAGGAACGUCACUUAUUUAUUUAUCGCCCAAACUGGCUUCCGUCGGGGUCAGGAACCUCUCCAGAAAAUCGCCUUAAAACUAACCAAGAAAGUGCGCAGAUGAGGAGGAAAAAAAGAACUGUUUAGCCUCACGUAGCCUGACUGUCUCUGUGCGUGUGUUCCCCAGUGCGAGGAACGUGUCUUUUAAAUUAUAUUUAUUUAUAUGUUGUUGUUUGUUUGUUUGUUGGGGGGGUUUUUAUAUGGAACUGGCGGGACUGCCUAUAUUUCUGUAUUUAUGAUGACAAAAAAAUUGUACCUGUCUUUUUAUUUUUGCAACGAGAGCUCUUAAACGCGACGCGUUUCUGUCAGGACAGAAGGAGGAGACCAAAUUCGUUCGUGUUUUGUACUUCUGUGUCUCGGAUCUGCUUGGAUAUUUAAACCAAUAAUAAUAAAUAAAAAAAAAAACAGAAUCAGA